AUGAUCCUGAAAGGGCCUCGAAAGCCGGGCCUCACAAGAAUUCUAGGUUUGGCACUUUUCGUCUGUGCCAUCAUUUAUCUGCUCUGGCCAGAGGUCGAUGCUCGCUACUGGGACAGGAACGUGCCGCGAAGCAAUGGAGACUCAUUGCACGAUGAUAUACUCUCGCAUACUCAAAACGAGACUCUAGGCUUCGAGCAUAUAUACGCCAUCGGUUUGAAAGAACGAACCGAUAAACGGGAUUUCUUGACUUUGGCCUCUCUGGAGGCUGGGUUCAAAGUGGAUUGGCUUGAUGGAGUACGAGUGGACAGCCUGGAUCCAAAGUCUUUGCCUAAUGGGGCCAACUUCUCGUGGAUCAAACCAACUGCUGUGGCGUGUUGGCGGGCACACAUGAAUGCAAUGCAGAAAGUCCUCCAGAACUCGUACUCGACCGCCCUCAUUCUCGAAGACGAUGCUGACUGGGAUAUAUCAAUCAAACACCAACUGCGCGAAUUUGCCCGCGGAGUGCGCCAGCUGAAUGGGGAAGAACACGCACCCAAAGAAACUCCCUACGGCCUGGACUGGGACAUCCUGUGGAUUGGAGGAUGUGCGUCCGGCCCCAGCGCCAACGAAACCACGUUCUUUGCCAUUCCGGAUGAUCCCACGGUCCCAAGCAAAGAGCAUCUAGACACAUGGGGCGGGCCGCUGGAGAAAUGGAAAGAGCAGUACCCCGAGCUGUCGGAUGACUCUACACGCUUUAUCUACCAGGCUAGCAUGGGCUGUUGCACCUACGGGUACGCGGUCACGGCGAAAGGGGCAAAGAAGAUUCUCGCCGCACUUUCGCUGGAUCGUCUUGACUGUCCGGUUGAUAACGCUAUGAGUGAUCUCUGUGCAGGCACGAACGGCCGGCGACAGGUGAAAUGCUUCGCUCCGUGGCCGAACCUGAUCGGGACCUACAAGCAUGCCGGUCCAGAAUCGCGUGAUUCUGACAUCGAGGACCGCUCUGAAGACAAAUUCCAUGACGCUUCGUCAAUGAAUGUGGUAUACAGCACUCGGCUCAACAUUCAGCGACUCAUCGGGCAGGAAGGAAAGGUAUAUUCUCAACACAAGGAUAAUCGUACAGAUGCUGUUAGGGAGUUGGAUUUGAGCGAGAUUGACUAUCCGCGGGGUUUUUUGGUCGGUUAG